AUGGCAUUAUUAAGAUUUCCAAUUAUUUUAUUGUAUGCUGCAUCUCUUUCAUCUAUUUACUGUACAGAGAGAAAACUUGCACCUCAAGCAGUUUAUCAGCAAAAUCAACCCCCACAAAAUUCAAGCUCUCCACCUUGCGCAUGCCCAGAAGAAUGCCAGUGCCUGGGACAAGUUGUUAUUUGCACAGGAAUCACGGAAAUACCAAGAUGUUUUCCAGGCGAUAUUGUAGUGAAACUUGUGAUACAGAACUCUCCGAGUUUAUACUUUUUGAAUGAUCACAGUUUUGUCGAAUACGGCGCACAUCUUGAAAGUUUGAUAUUACGCAAUACUGGACUCACGUAUAUAGAUCACAAUGCAUUCAAAGGAUUUCAUAAUUUAAAAACACUUGAAAUAUCAACAAGCAUGCUGGAGAGUAUAAAUUUCUCAUUGAAAAUACCUACUUUGCAAACACUGAAUGUAACAAAUUCAAAUCGUUUGUCGUUGAAGGGAUAUCAAUUCGAGAAACUGACAUAUUUGCAAAUCUUAGAUAUUAGCCGUUGUAAUAUACAGGAUCUAUCGGCUAACGUUUUUGACAAUGUUGAAAACCUGGUUUACUUGAACUUGGAAUCAAACAAAUAUUUAGGAUCAAUAUCACAAUUUGCUCUAUAUCAUCUGUGGAAACUUGAGAAAAUAUAUAUCAAUGAUUGUGGGCUUUCUGUGCUGUAUCCAGAAUAUUUCAGUUCUCCGUAUGAAUCAGGACAUUUAAAAGAAGCAGUAGCUUCCAGUAACAAAUGGGUUUGUAGUGAAAUGUGCGAGUUUAUCAAAUGGAUGAAUGAAAACCCCAACUUUUAUAAUGUGUUUGAAGGCGGAUUCUGCAGGUAUCCGUCUAACCUUGCCGGAACUCCUUUGCGUUAUUUGGAGUACGAUUCGGUGGAUCAAUGCAAAGGCUUACCGCCAGUGAUACUCUUAGUUGCAGUAUUGAGUAUCGUGAUGCUUGCUUGUUGUUGCGGACUUGCUCUGAAAAAUUGUUUUGUUGGUCUGUGCAGGGAAAACGCAAACCAGACCAAUCAAAAUGGAGAACCUCAAACAACAUCAAGAGAAAACCAUGCUUCCGAUUUCACCAACGACAUGUUGACAGUCAUUUCCGACGUAGAACCGCCAUCGUAUGACACUGUGCUAAAAAAUAGUAGAAAUUUUCCGGUUUCCUUAUCUCAAAACACGUCUGGCAACGAUUCCUGUCCUCCACCUUCAUACGAAGAAGCAAGCGGAUCAAGGACGAGCGCGUGA